AUGGCUACCAAUGCCUCGGUCGUCUUCGAGCUUCCGCCUCUUCCGACCUAUACCCUGACUCCGCGUCCUCCACUUCUCGACCCCAUUCCGGACAACCUCCUCGCCCUCAUGCUUCCCAUUAUUGCCUACUGGGCUCUGUCGAUGGUCUAUCACUACAUCGAUGUCAACGACUACUUCCCGCAAUACCGUCUUCACACACCCGCGGAAGUCUUGAAGCGAAAUCAUGUCACGCGCUGGGAGGUGGUGAGGGAUGUCAUUCUUCAGCAAGUCAUUCAAACCAUGGCCGGUUUGGCUGUCGCAUAUUUCGAUGACCCGGAGUACUUGGGCAAGGAUGAAUACAAUGUUGCGGUUUGGGCUCGUCGACUUCGUCUGGCGCAGAAGGCUCUCCCUCAGCUGCUGGCCCUGGUCGGGAUCGACGCAUUGGGUCUUAGCAAGAACCUGUCGCAGAAUGGCUGGUCAAUGCUGGGAGGAGCCGUAGCCGGUGGGCGCUACCCGGGAUGCACUCAGUCGAUGAUUUUGGACAGCGGAGUGGAAGCCGUGGUUCCGGCUUUCACCAACUGGGAGCUGUCAGCGGCCAGUGCCCUCUACUGGUACCUCAUCCCUGCCUUGCAAUUCGUGUGGGCCGUCUGUGUGGUCGACACCUGGCAGUAUUUCCUGCACCGCGCCAUGCACAUGAACCGCUGGCUCUAUGUGACCUUCCAUUCCCGCCACCAUCGCUUGUAUGUUCCGUAUGCGUUCGGAGCUCUGUACAACCACCCCGUCGAAGGUUUUCUGCUUGAUACGGCUGGCACUGGGGUUGCAUUCCUCACGGCUGGCAUGAGCAACCGUCAGGGCAUGUGGUUCUUCACUUUCUCCACCAUCAAAACCGUGGAUGAUCACUGCGGCUACGCUUUUCCUUGGGACCCAUUGCAGCACUUUACCUCCAACAACGCGGCCUACCAUGAUAUCCACCACCAAAGCUGGGGCAUCAAAACCAACUUCUCGCAGCCCUUCUUUACCAUCUGGGAUCGUCUCUUCAAAACUCGGUGGGAAGGUGACGUUAAGCUUCGCUAUGAGCGAUCCCGCGAAGCUGCCCAGAAGAAGGUGGAUAACGAAGCUGCCGGCAUCGCCAACGAAAGCAGCGACCCGACCUCUUCCGGGACCUCAACUCCCACACUCGGCCGGACAUCCGAUGAAUCGACCUCACGUCCUCGACGCAGAAAAACUGUGACUCUCUCACCCCACGUCGAUGGAUUCAAGGGCGUGAGUCACGGGGUCGCCAGCAGCGUCCUCUAA